UAACAUGUGUUCUCUCGCUUUAUCUCGAUUCAGCCCUAGCCUAUACGGCUGCUUCACCCAGAUUUCCUCAUCUUAAUUAGAAAAGAACCCAAAAAAACCCUAAUUACUAUCUCGUCUCGAUAUAUAUAUUUGAAACUGUCCCUUGUUUUUUAUUCUUUCGUGUUUAGAUCUCUUUGUCCAUUUGUUUAUCCGUGUAGACUUGUCCGAAGAAGCUUGUUUGUUAUUUUGCUGUUGUUUUUUUUGUCUGAAUCGAAAACAAGUUUGGGGAAGAAGAUAAGAUGGCUGGAGGAGGUGGAAACAGGAGAGACGACGGGUCGAUUACGAUCCAGAGCACCAAUUUGUUUGCAGCUUUGGACACUCGCAAGAAGAAGAAGAAGAACAGUGGUAAGAGCAAAGAAGGGUCCUCCUCUAAGAGCACAAAGCUACAGAAGGAGCCUGAGCCACAGGUUUUCUGGGCCCCUACGCCUUUGAAAGUGAAGUCUUGGGCUGAUAUCGACGAUGACGAUGAAGAUGAUGACUAUUACGCUACCACCGCUCCUCCCUCCUCUGGUUGGGCCACUUCCGAGCCUAAAGACACUCAUGUUGAGGAAAGUGAAAGUGAGGAAGAUAUUCUUGAGGAAGGUGAUGAUGAUGUGGAUGAAGAGCAGGAGCAUGAAACAGAGGUACAAGUUCAUCCGGAGCCAGAGCCUGAGGUGAAGAAAGCACCUGAAGUUCCUGCGCCUCCUAAAGAGGCAGAAAGGCAACUUUCCAAGAAAGAGAGGAAAAAGAAGGAACUUGCUGAGCUUGAGGCUUUGUUGGCUGAUUUUGGAGUUGCCCCCAAGGAGGAUAAUGGCCAAGAUGCCUCUAAAGAGGCUAAAGAAGAAAAGAAAGAAGAGACCAAUGGAGAAGGAGAGAUCAAAGAGAACGCAGCAGGUGGGGAGUCAAAGGCAUCAAAGAAGAAGAAAAAGAAGGAUAGACAGAAGGAGGUAAAAGAAUCUCAAGAACAACAAGCCAACACAGAGGCUGUAGGUGAAGCUGCUGGGUCUGAACCGGCUGAGGAAGAUUCUGCAAUUGAUGUCAAAGAAAGGCUAAAAAAGAUUGCAUCCAUGAAGAAGAAGAAAUCAAGCAAAGAGGUGGACGCCGGAGCCAAAACAGCCGCGCAGGAGGCAGCUGCUAGACGUGCAAAGCUGGCGGCUGCAAAGAAGAAGGAGAAGAACCACUAUAACCAACAGCCUGUGCGGUAAGACCACCAUUUUGAUCUUUGAUGGACCAUACGAUCAUAUGGGCAUGUAUUUGGCCGUAUUUUGUUCAUAUGGGUCUUCUCUGCUUUAAUAAAUCUUUUGAAGACUUCAAAACGCACAUUGAAUCCUUUUUUUUUCUAGUCUUAUUAUGAUGAACAGUCUAAAGACAAAAACUUGAAGAUUUCGUUUAUUUUCUGUAAACUUGUGUCCCUUUUAAUCUCAGACCUUUUUAGGGGUGAUGAUUUUAGUUCUGUUUUCAAAUUAUCUUCUUAUGUA